AUGGACAUCAAUAUUUUAGUUCGUGAUAAAAAGCGAAAAUACAAGUUAUUCUUUGAAGCAAUAAACAAAAAUAAAUCUUCAUUUAUAUUCUCGACCGCAGAACUAUCGGACGAUGCCAACAAAAAGAACAAAGAUGAAAAUCAUAUUGUGGAUCGUCUAAGUGCACCUUUUGUGCCGGAACUACGGGUAGACUAUUACGACACAUACACCACAUAUUCAUGGGACAAGCAAGAAGUAAUCGAAUCGGUAAUAGAAAAUGCUAGGAUCCACUAUGAAUAUAACCAACCGAUAAUUGAACGUGACUUCGAGAAUCGCCGUAGAUGGUCCGAGCAUGAAAUGUUGAUAAAGCAAAAAAAAGCACUCCUAAAAUUUGAAGAAAUAUUUUUCAACAAUACGGAAAAAUAUUUACCAGGGUUUGAAUAUCUUUAUGAAGUAGGAAUAAGUAGGAAAAGCGGAUACUGUAAAAAUGUUUUAAUUAUGACAAAUGGAUACGGAAUUUUUGCCGUUAUUUUCUUUGAUAUAACAUUAAAUACAGCGAAAACGAAAGAGAAUAAAGAGCGUUUUAUAAAGGAAAACCUCAAAAAUCUGGAUGUCAUCUCAGUUGUUGGAGUUGCAGUAGCUUACAAGGAGAAAGAAGAAAUUAGCUUUGUCAGUAAAAUCGAUUCUUCAAUCACGAAAUUUGUUGCAGCAAAAAGAGUCAUUGGUGCGAGUGUUAAAAUCGACAAAGACAAUAAUGAUAACGGAAAUAAAAAAAACGAUGGUUUUUUAUUGAAUGACUCAUUAAAGAAGAAAAAGACGAUUGAGAAAGAAAAAGAGGAAAAUUUAAAAUCUUUAAAAAUUCAACAAUUCAAAGUUAUUCUAGAAAAUUUAUACGCUCGAGAGCUCCGCAUUGAACAGAUCUUAAAUCAGGAUAUUAACAAUAAAAAUAAUGAUAGUAAUGAUUAUAACAAUGAAAACAACAAUUAUAAUGACGAUGUCAUUAUCGAGAAUGAAAGCAUCGAAAAAAUAAAUAAGUUUGAUGAUGCUGCUACAGAAUUUUUGAAUAAUGAAGAUAAACUUGGAAAUGAAAAGGAAAAGGAAAAUAACCAAUCUCGUGAGAUUAAGCAACUCAAAAAAGUAAUACGACAUUUGACCGAUCGAGAACGCGAACAAAAUUUAAUGUCUCAAACACUCGACCAAGAAAAAAAAUAUCAACAAGAAAUGCACGAUUUCAAAAUCAGAGUCAAUCAGCUUGCAAAUGAAAUUUCCAGAUUAAACGAUUUAAUUACACAAGACAAACAACAACAUGCGCAGGAAUUACAGCUCAUCCAUGAAAUGGAAGCAAGAAAUAUCGAAAUUGGAAUGCACGAUUUCAAAAUCAGAGUCAAUCAGCUUACAAAUGAAAUUUCCAGAUUAAACAAUAUAAUCACACAAGACAAACAACGACAACAUGCGCAGGAAUUACAGCUCAUCCAUGAAAUGGAAGCAAGAAAGAUCGAAAUUGAGAAUCUGAAGAAAGAAAACUUAGCUCUACAAGAGGAGAAUCGCAAACUACUCAGUCAGUUGGAUUCGGAUGGAGCAAAGAAAGACCUCUCUGGCGAAACGGAACUAAAAAUGAAAUUAAAAUGGAUGCAAGAACGGCAAAAACAAGAAAGACAGGAAUUCCAGGAACGAAUCGAGAUGUUAAUUAAACAGAGACUUGAACUUGAAUACGAGGUUAAGCAACAAAGCAAUGCUUUUUUAUGUGACUAG